AUGUCACCGACAAAGCCUGCCUCUUCUGAAAUGAAGUAUAGAAGUUCCUUUUCCUAUAAGAACGACAACGUAAAUGUUGUCAGAUUUGGCCGCGACAUCAAUAUGAGGAUGGAAAGAGUGAACAAUGAUGUCGCAAGGAUCUACUUUGUAGACGAUCGAGGGACCAACAUCCAGAUUCCGAAUGGGUUUGUUCUUAGGGAUAAUAUCGCGAACGUAAACGUGAGGCCAUUAUUAAAUAACGGGUUCGGAAAUUACUUUACAAGUUGGAUUUCCAACUAUUCAUUGCUUCGAAACGGGAUCGAGAUGUUCGCGUUGUCAAACCAGAAACAACAAUCAGUUGAAGGAUUAGAUGGGUUUCGAUACUAUACGAUUAAUCGAUAA